CGAAAGCCGCGUUCUCAGUCGUCCGGCAAAAAAGGGUAAACCUACUUACCGCCGACUCACAUAAAAACAAUAAAUAAAGAACAAGGCGAAUUAAUUGAGAAUAAAAUGGGAGAACGUUUCAAAGAUCCGAGUAAGAACUUCGUGUGCUCCUUCUUCAACUGUAAAGCUUCAUUUUCCAAGUCAUGGAAACUGGAAGCUCAUUACUGCAAACAUACUGGGCUGAGACCUUUUGCAUGUGACAGCUGCGAUAAAAGUUUUUGCACCCGCUAUCAACUCACCAGGCACAACCUGAGCCACAGUGGGAAGAAGCCAUACCAGUGUUUAGUGGAUGGCUGUUUGGAGGGCUUUACCAGUACCACAGGGUUAAAGAACCACGUGGAACGUGUGCACCAGCACAAGGAGAAGCACUAUGUAUGCGACUACGAGGGUUGCUUGAAGGAGUUCCGUAAGAAUAAACUGCUGAAGUCUCACAAAUGUGAGCACAUGAACCAGUUACUAUUCGAAUGUCUGUAUGAGGGCUGUGGGAAGAAGUACGCUACCUCUACAAAGCUGCAAAAGCAUGUGAAAGUGCAUGAUGGUUAUCCAUGUGCUGAAGAGGGAUGCACAUUCCAGGGAAGAACGUGGACUGAGUAUCAGGCCCACAGAAGAGCAGAGCACCGAGAGGUUCUGCAGUGCGACAGCUGCGCGAAGGUUUUCCAUCAAGCCUGGUUUCUGAAGAAGCACAAACUCUUUGUCCAUUUGGGCGUACGGCGUGUGUUCAAGUGCACCAAGGAGGGCUGUUCGAAAACCUACACCACACACUUCAACCUUCAGAAUCACAUUCUUUCCUUCCAUGAGGGCAAUCGCUCCUUCAUCUGCCCUCAUGAUGGGUGUGGGAAAGGGUUUGCCAUGGAGGAAAGUCUAAAGCGACAUGCUGUAGUCCAUGACCCUCAGAAGAAAAAGAUGCAGAACAAAGCCAAACGAGGGCUGAAGAAGAAACCCAAGAGUCCGGUUUCGAACGCCUCUAAACUGUCUGCCGAGCUGCAAAACCUCUCGCUGAACAAAUCCACACCCCAGAAGAACCAGUGAACAGUCAUGUGGUUGAUGAUUUGCUUAAUCAACACUAAAUUCACUAUCGAGCAUAAUUUCUUUUGAAAUCACUAGUAAAUAAACUCACUUCUCUGCA